GCAGGCAUCAUGUCUAUAGAAAAGAUCUGGGCCCGGGAGAUCCUGGACUCCCGUGGCAAUCCCACGGUAGAGGUGGAUCUCUACACUAACAAAGGUCUUUUCCGGGCUGCAGUGCCCAGUGGAGCCUCUACUGGAAUCUAUGAGGCUCUGGAGCUCAGGGAUGGUGACAAACAACGUUACUUAGGCAAAGGUGUCCUGAAGGCAGUGGACCACAUCAAUACCACCAUCGCUCCAGCCCUCAUCAGCUCAGGCCUAUCUGUGGUGGAACAAGAGAAACUGGACAACCUGAUGCUGGAGUUGGAUGGAACUGAGAACAAAUCCAAGUUUGGGGCCAAUGCCAUCCUGGGUGUGUCCCUGGCUGUGUGUAAGGCUGGGGCGGCUGAGCGGGAAUUGCCCCUGUAUCGCCAUAUUGCUCAGCUGGCCGGGAACUCAGACCUCAUCCUGCCUGUGCCGGCUUUCAAUGUGAUCAACGGGGGCUCUCAUGCUGGGAACAAGCUGGCCAUGCAGGAGUUCAUGAUCCUUCCAGUGGGUGCUGAGAGCUUUCGGGAUGCCAUGCGACUCGGGGCAGAGGUCUACCACACACUCAAGGGGGUCAUCAAGGACAAGUAUGGCAAGGAUGCCACCAAUGUGGGGGAUGAAGGUGGCUUUGCCCCCAAUAUCCUGGAGAACAGUGAAGCCUUGGAGCUGGUAAAGGAAGCCAUUGACAAGGCUGGCUACACGGAAAAGAUCGUCAUUGGCAUGGAUGUCGCUGCCUCUGAGUUUUAUCGUGAUGGCAAAUAUGACUUGGACUUCAAGUCUCCCCCUGAUUCUUCACGAUACAUCACUGGGGACCAGCUGGGGGCCCUCUACCAGGACUUUGUCAGGGACUAUCCUGUGGUCUCCAUUGAAGAUCCAUUUGACCAGGAUGAUUGGGCUGCCUGGUCCAAGUUCACAGCCAACGUAGGAAUCCAGAUUGUUGGUGAUGACCUGACAGUGACUAACCCAAAGCGCAUUGAGCGGGCAGUAGAGGAAAAGGCCUGCAACUGCCUGCUGCUCAAGGUCAACCAGAUUGGUUCAGUCACCGAAGCCAUCCAGGCGUGCAAGCUGGCCCAGGAGAAUGGCUGGGGGGUCAUGGUGAGUCAUCGCUCAGGAGAGACAGAGGACACAUUCAUCGCUGACCUGGUUGUGGGAUUGUGCACAGGCCAGAUCAAGACUGGUGCCCCAUGCCGUUCUGAGCGUCUGGCCAAAUACAACCAGCUCAUGAGAAUCGAAGAAGAGCUGGGGGAUGAGGCGCGCUUCGCUGGACAUAAUUUCCGCAAUCCCAGUGUGCUGUGAUCCCCCUCCUUGCCUGAAGAUUUGGAACCUCUCUCCCAUCCUCCUUGAGCCCCUUUCUUCCUGUCUUGAUCUGUGAUAUUUCACCUGCUGAAAUACCCUGAGCCCCAAGAUGCCCAGAACUUCCCUGCUGAACCUGCCCCCACUGCUCCUUGGCUUGCCCAACCCCACACCGUCUCUGCUUUCUCCUUUCUGGGCUGCACUCUUUGGGUUUCCAUAUUCACCACUUCCCCUUCCUUUCUAUUCUCUUUUUCCUCAAAACCUGGAAAUGGGGAUGAGGAUUACAAGGGGAUUCAUGGAAGAAUGAUCAGGGUCUGUGACAGGAGCAUCAGGGUUGGUAUGUUGAGAUGUUCAGAGUGGGGUCAUAUGUCACUUGUGCUUUGUACUUUUUCCAUGAGUUUUCCAUGUUGCAUAUGAGCCAUGAACUGUAUACAGUGCUGAGGUCAUGCCUGGUCUAAAGCUUCAGUGUAUGUAUGUAUGUAUUUAUUUAUUGAUUGAUCUUCCAUUCAUCCUAUUAAUUAUUUCCUCAUACUUCUAGGGCCUAAAACUGGUCUGAUUUGAAGGGACUAUGUGUCUGUAUUUCAUGUGGCUGUGGAUCCCAAGAUGACCUGGGAUGGGAGGUCUUGCUGGAAUGGGAAGAGUAACUUUGCUAUCAGUCCCUUUGUGUGAGCACUCCCUUAGCCGAAGCCUGAGUUGGUCCAGAGGUUAAGCUGUGUGCUUGGGGAACUCAUGGGUCUGGAGUCCCUGUGUGGUACAAAUUCCCCUAUCAAUUUUCCCCAGCCCUAGGUUCCCUGUUCUUCCUCCAGCUGUACUAGAGCAAUGCCUCACUCCCCCAUGCCAUGUUCCACAGUUGCCACCACCUCUGUGGCAUUGAGAGCACCACCAUUAAAGUUUGAAUCACAGUGCA